AUGUCGACCGUACGAGGCGCCAUCUUGAAUAUAUAUGAUGCUAACGUGUGUAGCGAUGCUAACGUGUGUAGCGAUGCUAACGUGUGUAGCGAUGCUAACGUGUGUAGCGAUGCUAACGUGUGUAGCGAUGCUAACGUGUGCGCUGAUGCUAACGUGUGCGCUGAUGCUAACGUGUGCGCUGAUGCUAACGUGUGCGCUGAUGCUAACGUGUGCGCUGAUGCUAACGUGUGCGCUGAUGCUAACGUGUGCGCUGAUGCUAACGUGUGCGCUGAUGCUAACGUGUGCGCUGAUGCUAACGUGUGCGCUGAUGCUAACGUGUGCGCUGAUGCUAACGUGUGCGCUGAUGCUAACGUGUGCGCUGAUGCUAACGUGUGCGCUGAUGCUAACGUGCGCAGCGACGCUAACGUGCGCAGCGACGCUAACGUGCGCAGCGACGCUAACGUGCGCAGCGACGCUAACGUGCGCAGCGAUGCCAACAUUAGCAGUGACGCUAACGUGUGUAGCGACGCUAACGUGUGCAUUGAUGCCAACAUUAGCAGUUACGCUAACGUGUUCAGUGAUGCAGUAUGCCUGGCGCAGCUCCAGAGUCCAUCUGCAGCUCUCCGGCUUCCACAGGUGGAUAUGCAGCAGAGGAGACACGACCAGAUGCCCUUUCGCUCGGAGGGAGAGAGACGCCCCCCCCCCUCCCCCCCCCCCUCAGCCUCUCGCUCGCCUCACCCACGUCUAAUGCAGACUGACCGCCCCCGUCUCCCCUCGCAGCCCUCUCUCCUGGAUGCUAAGGACGAGCUAAUGUUGUCCUCAUAUGGCCCACUUUGA